GUUAUACCAACCCAUACAUGUCCACGUUUAUAAAUUAAAAGCAGAACGAAACGAAUAUACGUGAUUUCUUAAUAUUUUUUCGUUGCAAAAAUGUCUGUGUUGAAUUUAACUGUUCGUGUUCAUCCUGUUGUACUAUUUCAAAUUGUUGAUGCUUACGAAAGGCGAAAUGCAGACUCUCAUCGCGUUAUUGGAACUCUCUUAGGUUCAGUUGACAAAGGAAUUGUUGAAGUUACAAAUUGUUUUUGUGUACCUCACAAAGAACAUGAUGAUCAAGUUGAAGCGGAAUUGAGCUAUGCACUAGAUCUUUACGACUUAAACAAAAAAGUUAAUGCAAAUGAAAGUAUAGUUGGUUGGUGGGCUACAGGAAAUGAAGUUACCAAUCACAGUUCAGUUAUUCACGAAUACUAUGCCCGUGAAUGCAAUAAUCCAAUUCACUUAACAGUGGAUACCAGUUUACAAGGGGCAAGAAUGGGCCUUAAAGCUUAUGUUUGUGUUUCGCUGGGAGUGCCAUGUGGGAAAAUAGGAUGUAUGUUUACGCCGAUUAAUGUUGAAGUAACCUGCUACGAGCCAGAAAUAGUUGGACUACAAUUGUGUCAAAAAACUUUAGGGGUAGCGCACCCAAUGCGGCCUAAAACUGUGUCACCAAUGCUAGAUCUUUCCCAAAUUGCAGAAGCUACAGAUAAACUACAAAGCUUAUUGGAUCAGAUAUUAACAUAUGUUGAUGACGUUGUAAAUGACAAACAACAACCUGAUAACGCGGUAGGUCGUGCGAUUUUGGAUUUAAUCCACUCUGUUCCAAAUAUGUCACAUGAGCAGUUUACACAGAUGUUUAAUUCAAAUAUCAAAGAUCUUUUGAUGGUUGUGACAUUAUCUCAAUUAAUCAAAACGCAAUUGCAGUUAAAUGAAAAAUUAACUUUUCUUAGCACUAAUUAACUACUAUUACCAUGAAUCAGUUUAAUAAAAACCAUUUCUUAAAAUACGGAACCAUUGUCUUUAAACAU